UGUCGGAUUGUGAGGCCAGCAGCAGCCGGGCGGUGCGGGCCCGGUUCCCCUCGGUGUGUUUGCCGUUGCUAGGCCGGUGUUUGGCUCUGUCUCUGCGGACUGUGUGGGAGCUAAGCUAAUGUUAGCCGAGCCGCUACAUUAGCCGGCUGCUAUGAGCUUAAUUUAACUGUUAAAAGACGCUUUGAGGGCGCAGGCUGGUUCACCGCCUGCUGUCAUCCAGCGCUGCCCCGGGUCGGUGGGUUGCUAUCGGCUGCGCCGCAUCCAGUUAGAACCGGUCUGCCUCCGCCUGUUAGCCGCUUCCUGAGCUCUGGAUCCCAGCAGCUGACGGCUUUCUGCGGCGGUUUGCUCUCCUUAAGUUGGGGGCGUCUUCCCAGGUAAAGGAUUUCUGAAGCUGUGCUCGUCAGACCCGAGGUGCCAGGAGAACCGGACACGGCGUCCCGACAUGUCCAAGGCCAAGAGCUCCGAGUCCGUCAAGGUGGUGGUCCGCUGUCGCCCCAUGAACGACAAGGAGAAGGCUUCCAAAUUUGAAGCGGUGGUUUCAGUCAACGUGAAACUGGGCCAGAUUAUGGUCCGGAACCCGCGGGAGGCCGGAGCGCUCCCCAAAGUCUUCACCUUUGAUUCGGUUUACGACAGCAGCUCCAAACAGAUCGAUCUGUACGAUGAGACCUUCAGGCCGCUGGUCGACUCGGUUCUGCUGGGCUUCAACGGAACCAUCUUCGCUUACGGCCAAACGGGGACGGGGAAGACCUACACGAUGGAGGGAGUGAGAAACGACCCAGAGAAGAGAGGGGUGAUCCCCAACUCCUUCGAGCACAUCUUCACGCACAUUUCCCGCUCCCAGAACCAGCAGUACCUGGUGAGAGCGUCGUAUCUGGAGAUCUACCAGGAGGAGAUCCGGGACCUGCUCUCCAAAGACCAGUCCCACCGCCUGGAGCUGCGGGAGAGGCCCGACACGGGGGUGUACGUGAAGGACCUGUUCUCGUACGUCACCAAGAGCGCGCAGGAGAUCGAGGGCGUGAUGAAUCUGGGCAACCAGAACCGGUCUGUGGGAUCCACCAACAUGAACGAGCACAGCUCCCGCUCUCACGCCAUCUUCGUCAUCACGGUGGAGUGCAGCGAGCUGGGCGUGGACGGAGAGAACCACAUCCGGGUGGGGAAGCUGAACCUGGUGGACCUGGCGGGGAGCGAGCGGCAGACGAAGACGGGCGCUCAGGGCGAGAGGCUGAAGGAAGCCACCAAGAUCAACCUGUCGCUCUCGGCCCUGGGGAACGUCAUCUCUGCUCUGGUGGACGGCAGGUGCAGCCACAUCCCCUACAGGGACUCCAAGCUCACCCGCCUGCUGCAGGACUCCCUGGGCGGGAACGCUCGCACCGUCAUGGUCGCCAACAUCGGCCCCGCCUCCUACAACAUGGAGGAGACCCUGACCACGCUGCGCUACGCCAACAGGGCCAAGAACAUCAAGAACAAGCCGCGCAUCAACGAGGACCCCAAGGACGCCCUGCUCGGGGAGUUACAGGAGCAGAUCGCCAAACUGAAGAAGCAGCUGGAGAAACGCAUGGGCAAGAAGAAAAGGAGGAGGCGGAGGAAGAGGGACGGGAGCGACGGAGACGAGCUGGAGGACGGAGAGACGGAGGACGACGAGUCUGAGGGAGGAGACUACUGGAGAGAGCAGCAGGAGAAGCUGGAGCAGGAGAAGGCGGCCAUCUUGGAGGACCACAGCCUGGUGGCUGAGGAGAAGGAGCGGCUGCUGAGGGAGAAGGAGAAGAAGAUGGAGGAUCUGAGGAGGGAGAGAGAAGUGGGAGAGAUGCUGGCCGCUAAAGUCAAGGCCAUGGAGAGCAAGCUCCUCGUAGGCGGAAAGAACAUCCUGGACCACACCAACGAGCAGCAGAGGAUGCUGGAGCUGAGGAGGCAGGAGAUCGCAGAGCAGAAACGGAGGGAGAGGGAGAUGCAGCAGCAGAUGGAGAGUCGAGACGAGGAGACGCUGGAGCUGAAGGAGACCUACAGCUCUCUGCAGCAGGAGGUGGACAUCAAAACCAAGAAGCUGAAGAAGCUGUUUUCCAAGCUGCAGGCAGUGAAGGCGGAAAUCCAGGACAUCCAGGAAGGACACAUCAAGGAGCGGCAGGAGCACGAGCAGACCCAGAACGAGCUCACCAGAGAGCUCAAACUCAAACACCUGAUCAUUGAAAACUUCAUCCCACUGGAGGAGAAGAACAAAAUCCUCCACAGGGCUUUCUACGACGAGGAGGAUGAGAGCUGGAAGAUGAAGGCCAUCAGCCGCACCGAUGAGGACCAUCAGAUGAUGUCACGGCCGCCGUCCGCCGUCAGCUACAGGAGGCCUCUCAGUCACUUCGCCCUCACCUGCCAGAGGAUGAACUCUGACCCACGAUACAAAGCUGAAAACAUCCUGAUGGUGGACCUGGACCUCCCCGCACGGACCACUAAAGACUACCAGGAGCCAGUUAUUGCCCCACAGGUGGCAGCCGCCCUGGAGGACGCCCUGAGAGACGAGGAUGAGGUCCAGGUAGACGCGUCAGGCUUCCGCAGCAGCCUGGGUGCGGCCCCGCCUGCCGGCGGCAGCCUGAAGAAGCCGAAGUCUGGCCGGCCGACAACCAGGAAGAAGCCCAGCACGCCGGCCUCUCCCAUCAGCCCCCGCGGUCCAGGAUCCGCCCUCUACCCAAAGCCCCGCGGCCUGGUGCCCAAAUGACGCCUCCCUCCCCCCUCUUUUUUUUGUUUUUCCCCACAGGCGCCCCUUCCCACGCACCGCCCCACUUUAAGCCUGGUUAUGUUUGAAGUUCACCAUUUAGGCCGCCAUGCAUGACGCCUCCCAUCACACUACACUGAGACCGCCUCCCAACACUUUGAGCCGUUUGUCUUAAACGUUGACAGAGACUGCAGCGUCCUCUGAGCGCUUUGACCGCCUCCCGUCCGACCGUCGCUCUUUGAAUCCAUUUUCAGGUCAUGGUUAAACGCGCUCUGUCAUUUUCACCUGUUGGAGCAGAAAGGAGAGUCAGUAAUCAGUGCUGCUGUUCCACCUGAGGCCAGCAGGGGGAGACAGAGGGACCGUCAGCAUGGGGGCGAACCGCCACCUCAGAUACAUCAGGGUUCCCAGGUGCCUUAAAGCUGCAGUUUGCAAAUAUAUUCAUUAAAUCGUUCAUAUUUAAUAAUUCGCUCAUUGAUGCUUUAAUUUAUUCAUUCAUGCAUCCAUUCAUUUAUUUGUGCGUUUAUACAUUCAAGCGUUCCCUACAUGGGGGGGGUCAAUCUUUGGAUGCUGAGGUGAAUCUAUGACCGGAUGAAUCUUUCGGCGUGGAUCUGGUCUCUAAGGCGUCAUUCAUUCCUUAUCGCUCCGUUGAAACACUUGAAUUUGCGCUCGCUGCUCUGCCUCUGUUACUGUGACGCUGCGCUGGUUUCUGGCUGCUGCUGUGGAAAAGGCCCACUGUGACGCUCGUCCCACUGUGGGGAGCUGGAACCUUCCACGCCUGUGGAGGUUUGGGAUAUUAUUGAUAGGCAAUCCUUGGAAGAGUUAAGAUGACACCUAGGUUACCAUAUUAAAGAGAAAAUGUACUUAUAACUUAUUGAAAUCUUUUGUUUUUUAUAUGCAGUUGUAGAUUUAAUUUUUAUAUACUUUUAUCUGUGAAAUACUUUUAUUUUUUUUUUUGGAGCUUUUGAAUUUAAGGUUAAAAGAUGUAUUUUUAGCGUCUUACAUGCAGUUUGUGCGUUUUCUAUUCACCGUGGCUUAUUUUGCGUUUGGAUAGUUUUCCUGAGAUGAAAGUGGAGAAAAAUGCUGGAUUCGUAACUCAGCCGAGUUUUUCCUGCUACCUUUGAGUAAAAGCGUGCCGCGUGGAGCCGGCCGCCACCGCGCCGUGAACGCGUCGCAUGGUCCGAGGGUCCGGGAACACAGCUGGUUUUUAUCUGGAUCAACAAGCUGCUGAACUGGAUCCAAACCUUUAGAAAUAUGUGACCAAACUUUAAUGCACUGGUUUUCUUUCCAGAAUAAAUGUCGAUUCUGUUUCUUUUUUUUC